AUGCCCCAUGUCUUAGAGCUGCCUCCCGCGCGCGACCCCCAGAGGGCGAAAGGGGCUGAACCUGGAGACUGGGCCUUGCGACUUAGCAUCUGGCGGAGCGGCCAUCUGAGCGUCCUCCCCAAAGCCAAGGACGCGGGCCGCUCCCACGCGGGCUGCUACCUUCGUAGUGCCGGGUCGGCCAAGGCGCCAGAGCGCGGACAGGCAAAGGGACCCGCGCUGAACGUUUGCCGGCUCCUGUCCCCACGCGGCCCUCCAAUUCCCCCGCCGGGCCUGGCGCCCUCGGCACGAUUCCUUCUCCCUCUGCGACAACCGGUCCUCACUCGCGGGGCCCGCACUGUGCCCAGCGUCGCCCCACACCCCACCCCGCGGGUGGAGCACGAAGGAUCCGGGUGCGGAACAGGGCCGUCGCCCGCGGAUGGAAAAAUGGAGAACGAAUUAAGCUGCGAGGUUCCGGGGCAGCGGAGGCGAGAACUGAAACCCAGUCCAGGCGCCCGCAAGUCCCGGCUCUGCCGCCAGCAGGUCGCCGAGCACCGGGCGCCCUGCGGCCAGGCUGACGCCCUAGCGUUCGCCCCUCUACCCUCGCCCAGCCUGGCUCCCUCUCCCCCUCCAAAUGGGAGACUUCGGAUGGGGGCCGCCCCCGGCACCCUUCCCCGGGCCACCGAGCCCGAGGUGACCCGGAGUUGGGGAAAACGCCCAGGCAGGCGCCGCGACCUGGCGGCGGAGCGAGAGACAGGAAAGUGUCAAGGAAGCGCGAAGCCCAAGUGCAAAAACAGCAUCUCCUCCCUCGCCUCCACCCACCAGCCCUGGAAGCAGAGCCCGCCCGGGGCAUCUCCCAAAGCCGCGGCUGCGGGGCUGAGGGCUCUAGGCCCUGCGGUCCUGCACGUGGGGUCCCGCUCACCCGAGGGGCCGCCGGCUCCCGUGGCCCGCGCCCGUCCCCCGCGAGGGGCGCCCUGCGCCUCUGGCCGCGCGGGCCGGGUGAUGGAUGGCAGCGGAGCCGGCGGCCUGUCAGGCCUUAUUGAUGAGGUGCGCGCCGACGGCCGCCGCGUAACCCGAGGCGGCGGGCGGCGAGCGCCGGGCGGCGGGCGGACGCAGACUCGGCGGCGCUCGGGGUCAGCCCCCGGCCGGCCGCCCCCGCCCCCCGGCGCGCCCCGACCCGGCUCCGCGGAGGGGGCGGCGGGCGCGGAAGGGCCUCCCCGGCCCGGCACCCGGUGCGCGGCCCCACUCCCUCCCCGCCGCCGCCCGGCUUCCCGCCCCCGCUUGCCCGCGGCCGCAGCCUCCCCGGCGGAGCCCCCACGCUCGCUCGGCCUGCGCCCGGACCUCCGCUCUUACCCGGCGGCCGCAGACCCUGCCGGCGUCCAAGCUCGGCGCCCGCCCUCCGGCCGCGCGCCCGGGAGAGGAGCGCCUGCUCCAGCCGAGGGGCCGCGCCCCGCGAGGCGGGACUUCGCCGCCGCCAGGAGUGUCUCGAACAGCACAGCUUAG